AUGAUUAGCAAUCCCGAGCCCCACCGCAAUCGGGCGGGCGGAGCGCGACCGCCGCAUACUCCGCCGCGCGCUCCGAGCUCAAUCCCCCGCGCACCCAGCCCCGAGCUCAAUCCCCCGCGCGCGGCCCCGAGACUUAAUAUUCGUUCACCCGUCGAUUCCGCCUCUGAUCCCCUCCCUCCUUCUGUUGCGGAGACUCCUGCUUCUGCGGCGGAGGCCAAGCAGGAGUCGGUGUUGGAGACGGAGGAAACUAAGCAGGCGGUGGCAGCAGCAGCAGCAGCGGCAGGAGGUGUGCAGGCCAUGGCGGUCACCGUAGUGCGGGACGUUGAGACGGGUCUGGACACGAGUACCAACGACCGGGACGGCGACAAGCCUUCCUGGUUCACACCUAAGAGCUGCUCGGGAUUAACUUGAGCUUCUGGCGAUGCUCAAGUGCGGUGGGAUCUGAGCAGACCAGCGAAGGUAGCAGUUUAGUAGUUCGAACUGGAGCAACAAAUCAUUUGGUGCGGUGUGUUUCAUUAGUUAAUUUGGAGCUUGCUUGUCGCUCUGGUUGUUCCAUUUGUGACUCGGAGUUCUCGAAUUUCUACGUUUCUCCUCGUUUGCUCGCUUUCGUGGUAUGGAAUUGCGUUUUCAAUUCAGUGUUCGCUCGAUGCACUUUUUUUUAUUAGGCAACUGCUGUGCUGGCAACCCUUUUCAGCGAGAUAGCUAGAUUGGUUAAAUUUAGUUUACUGUGCAUUGCAAUUGGAAGGGACCUUUUUCAGUUGAGGUCAAUUGUAGGCUGUAGCUUCUAUUGCCUGUAUAUUCUGCUGAGACAGGGCGACUGUUGGAUCCCAAUAUUAUCGAGAUGGAAGCUGGAGAAUUGGUUAUUUGGUUUCCCACAUGUCCUCCGGUCAUAUGAGCAUCUGAUAUGAAAGUUUGGUUCUGUUCUGUUGUAUGGUUACUGCCUCUGAGUUGAUUAUUUAGUAUUGUAAUCGUAUUCUCAGGAUGCUGUUGAAUUUUAUUCAUGUUUUCAAGCUCAUCUUUUCUCAUUUUUUUUCUGUUGGGUUUCAACUGUAGCCUCACAUGACUUAUUGCCACAAUCAACUGUUAUGUAGUCUUUAGUACGAAUUCUUCUAGGAUUUUUGAACAAGGCCCGCCCUAUUUUGGGGCCAUGGGCAGCAACACUGGUGGUGCCAGUGGUGGCUUCUACCAGCCCUUCAACAGCAACUUAGCUGGUGCAGGGGCUAGCACUGGCAUCCAAAACUUUCCAGGUGUACGGCUGCGAGGUCUCCCUUUUGAUUGCAAUGACAUUGAUAUCUGCAAGUUCUUUGUGGGACUGGACAUAGUGGACUGCCUCCUGGUUAACAAGAAUGGUCGCUUCACUGGUGAGGCUUUUGUGGUCUUCCCAACAGCUAUGCAAACAGAAUCUGGUCUGCAUCAUAACAGGCAGAACAUGGGCCGGAGGUAUGUUGAGGUGUUCAGAUGUAAGAAGUUGGAGUACUACCGUGCAAUAGCCAACGAGGUGAGCCAGGGUGGUUACUUUGAGUCGGAGUAUCGCCGCUCCUCACCUCCUCUGAGGCCCCCUAAGAAGCCUGCUGAAGACAAGGGCAGCAUGGAGUACACUGAGGUGCUGAAGCUCCAUGGGCUUCCCUACUCUGCGACCACUGAGGACAUCAUCAAGUUCUUCCUGGAGUAUGAGCUGACAGAGGAGAAUGUGCAUAUUGCGAUCAGCUCAGAUGGGAAAGCUACCAGUGAAGCCUUUGUUGAGUUCCCAACAGCUGAAGUUGCCAAGACGGCGAUGUGCAAGGAUAAGAUGACUAUCGGGACGAGGUAUGUGGAGUUGUUCCCGUCUACCCCAGAGGAGGCGAGCAGGGCGAGAACUCGAGGCAAGCAUUGAAGAAACGAAUGGCUUGGCUGAAUGAUCUCUGGUUGCAUGUGGCUGCAAUCGACUAUAGUUUUCACUUGGCAUGCUUAUCUGUAUCGCUUUUAGAUUGUGUUAGUUGUGUGUAUUUGACUUCUUAUAUGCGAACUGAACUGUAACAACUUUCCUUUGUUGGCCGGCCGCACAUGUACGACAUAAUCAUUUAUGGAUUUUGCUACGUUUGAGUUCA